AAAUGUCAUCAGUGUUUUGUUUUCUCUUGAACUGUUUGGAUUAGAAAAUGCAGUGCAUUUAGAUGCAAAUACAACAGAUGUAAAUUAAUUGAAUGUUAAUGCGUGAAAUUCAUGAAAUAAACAAUAAAUAGUUGGAAUAUUUGCUUUGAAACUAAUAAAAAUAUGCACAUCAACGCCAUGACACAGCAACCAAACGGCGAAAAUGGUUCCAACUCGAAUCUCUACAUGCGUUUGCAGCAAUCGCAAACCAUCCGGGCCAACAUUCAGAACAUCUCGCAGAUGCUCAACACCGGGCUGAGCCCCGAGGCGCUGGACCUUUGCGUGAAGCUGCUCGAAACGGGUGUCCACCCGCAAGCCCUGGCCGAAGUGGUGACACAGAUUCGGCGCGAAAUGGCAGCACUCGAAACGGACAACCAGUGAAUUCUCAAAGUAGCAGAAAGGGAGCGUUCUUUCCUUUAAUUGUAAUGCAAAUUGUUGAAUAAUAUAGAAAUUUGAAAUUCUGUGUACUUA